UCCCAAAGUUGUGUAUCAUGGAAGUAACUAGGUUUUGCUUCACUUCCAAAGUUAAGCUACAUGAUUGACCAUGAAUGCUAGUGGCCCCGGAUAUCCCUUAGCCUCUCUCUAUGUGGGCGAUUUACAUCCAGAUGUGACAGAAGCCAUGUUGUAUGAGAAAUUCUCACCUGCUGGCCCAAUCAUGUCCAUCAGAGUUUGUCGAGAUGUUGCCACACGCCGAUCCCUGGGUUAUGCGUACAUAAACUUUCAGCAGCCUGCAGAUGCUGAGCGGGCCUUGGACACCAUGAACUUUGAAGUGAUAAAAGGCCGCCCCAUUCGCAUCAUGUGGUCCCAGCGAGACCCAGGACUCAGGAAAUCCGGAGUUGGGAACAUCUUCAUCAAGAAUCUGGACGAUUCCAUUGAUAACAAAGCCCUGUAUGAUACGUUCUCAGCCUUUGGGAACAUCCUUUCUUGCAAGGUAGUUUGUGAUGAGAAUGGAUCCCGGGGUUACGGCUUUGUCCAUUUUGAGACCCACGAGGCGGCAAACAGAGCGAUCGAGACGAUGAAUGGGAUGCUGCUGAAUGAUCGCAAGGUGUUUGUUGGCCACUUCAAAUCUCGACGGGAACGUGAGGCAGAAUUUGGAGCCAAAGUAAUGGAAUUCACCAACGUCUACAUCAAGAAUUUUGGAGAUGACAUGGAUGAUGACAGGCUGCAGGAAAUAUUUGCAAAAUUUGGAAGGACCCUGAGUGUCAAGGUCAUGAUGGACAACACAGGCCGCUCAAAAGGUUUUGGAUUUGUCAACUUUGAAAAGCAUGAAGACGCUCAGAAGGCUGUUGAAGACAUGAACGGAAAGGAGGUCAACGGACGGAUGCUGUAUGUGGGCAGAGCCCAGAAGAGGGUGGAACGCCAGAGCGAGCUGAAGCGCAAAUUUGAGCAAAUCAAACAGGAAAGAGUGAGCCGAUACCAGGGUGUGAACUUGUAUGUAAAGAACCUGGAUGAUGGAAUUGAUGACGAACGACUAAGGAAGGAAUUCUCCCCCUAUGGAACCAUCACUAGUGCCAAGGUGAUGACAGAGGGUGGACACAGCAAAGGUUUUGGGUUUGUAUGUUUUUCCUCCCCAGAAGAGGCCACAAAGGCGGUAACCGAAAUGAACGGCCGGAUCGUCAGCACCAAGCCUUUGUAUGUCGCCCUCGCUCAAAGGAAAGAGGAAAGGAAAGCUAUUCUCACCAACCAGUACAUGCAGAGGCUGGCCACCAUGAGAGCCUUGCCCGGGCCGCUCCUCUGCUCCUUCCAGCCUCCGGCAGGCUACUUCCUGCCUUCCAUCCCACAGCCACAAACCAGAACUACCUUCUACAGUCCGAGCCCGGUUGCCCCUGUCCGACCUGCCCCCCGAUGGAAUGCGCAACCCUCCAGGCCUCCGUCCACCCCUGUCCUGAGGAGUAGCGCACCUCCGAGACGCCUGCUGUCUAACAUCAGCACCAUGAGGCAAGCGUCCACUCAAGCUCCACGGGUACCACACCAUGCUCAGAGAGUGGCCAACAUAGGAACCCAGACUAUUGGUACUCGGGCACCCUCCUCGCCAACCUUCUCCCGGAGUAUCUCUCAGUACAAGUAUUCCCCGGCAGUGAGGAAUGUCCAGCCCUUGGGCUCUGUAACACCCAUGCCAAUGCAGCAGGUCAUAGAGCCAGCUGUUCACAUCCAUGGGCAGGAGCCACUGACAGCAUCCAUGCUGGCUGCAGCCCCACCCCAGGAGCAGAAGCAAAUGCUGGGCGAACGUCUCUACCCCCUAAUUCAAGCAAUGCACCCCUCACUGGCUGGGAAGAUCACAGGCAUGCUGCUGGAGAUAGAUAAUUCUGAGCUGUUGCUUUUGCUGGAGUCGCCGGAAUCCCUCCACUCUAAGAUUGAAGAAGCGGUUGCUGUCCUGCAAGCGCACCAGAUCUCUGAAUCCACCCACAAGAGCAGCUCAGCAGCCUUCCUCCAGUGACCAAGG